AUGCGUCACUCUACUUCCCGCGUUUCCGCUUUAGGUUGCCAUUUCCAUUUCGCGUAUUUUUAUAGGCGUUUCGCAUUUUGCUUCACCGUUCCUUUUGGUUUCCGGCAGGUGCUCCUGCUGCCAGAUCAUCUAUUUGCCGUCAUCGUCAUGUGCACCAACUCCAUGAAGAUGAUCAUCGUCGAUUCCAUCCGCCGUCGGGCCGAUUCCUCGCCGUCGAUCGCCACUCUAAUUGCGUCUGCCUUGGCCGUGACUCCGCCGCCGCAUCAAUCUCCUCCCCGGGGCAAUUUCCUCCGGCGCGAUCACCCGAGCUCUCCAUUGCCUCCGCCAGGCGCCAACUCACCGAAAUCCUCGCGCCCGCUGAAUGCCACCUCAACGAACUCGCUGCAUUGCCACUUCCGCUGUCCGGGAGGCCGCCAUCGGAGCCGAGCUCAUCGAAACCGCCGCCACCGGGCUCAACGUUUCCGUUCUCUCCGGAGAAGAGGAGGCGAGAUUCGCAUACUCCAGAGUGAUUCAUUUUUUCCGGUCAGGGAAAAGAGAGCGUUGCUCGUAGAUAUCGGAGGCGGAUCGACUGAAUUCGCGAUUGCGGAAGGAGGGAUUGUCGAUUUCGCGACGAGUUUGAAGCUAGGUUUUAAUAAUAAUAAGAAGAGGGUUAGAAAUGGUGCACGAUGUGCUGCCAUUGCCAAGGAAGGAAACCAUUUCAAGGGUUUCAGUGCUGAAGAGAUCAAGUUAAUAGCAUUUCUUGCAAGGCAUUACAGGAAGAAAUUCCCGUAACCUGAUCAGGCUUCUUUGGCUGAGACUCCAGAAGAGGAUGAGAUUCCAGACUCCCAUAGGGAGAAGGGAAAGCCUCUGAGAUUACAUCCCAAGAGAAGCUCCCUUCUGCUCUCCUCCGCUUAUCCAAGAAUGCUGGCUUUAGGGGUGUCCCUGUAUCAGCUUUACACGUUAGCAUCGCCACCACCUCAGACAUCGGAGGCCUCAGGUUCGCCAGCGGCUGAAGGCACAAGAACGCCACGUGGAUCACGUGCACAACGUCUCUGUCCUCGAUCCCUUGUUGUCGAAGCCUCGGAUCUAUCAGCUCACUCACCUUGUUUUUCUCGUAUAGCUUCCACGCCUGCAACAGAAAAGAUGAUCUCGAGAAGGAGCACGCCAAAGCUGUAGAUGUCGGCCUUC